AUGAUAAAAAUUACAAGUCCACUGUUAAAUCACAGAUUCAAAAUGGUAAGAGUUUAAUGCAAACCUUAUGAUAAUGCUGAAUUAAUUAGAGCUCAAAUAAUGGAUAAUAUGAACGAAUAUCUCUAAGAAAAUGAUGGCAAACUUAUCAACGUGAGAGUUAUUUCAAAUAGUUACAUUGCUGUAUACUUUGUAACAGGAAUAGAAAUGGAUGAUACUAAUUGGGAAUAAUAAAUUAGUAGAGGGCCAUUAUAAAAAUUUACUAUUUUAUCAAAUUCCAUAGAAAUUAGACCUUCGCGAUUUUGA